UGACCCUGUCACACCAUCUACUGAUAGCAAAGACUAAACUUGACAUUUUGGUAACGUCUCUCUCCCAAAGGCUUUCCUGUUUCUGUUCCUGAGAGACAGGGUGGUGUAGAAUAAGAGAGCGGCGUGUUUGUAAGAGCAGAGGGCGAGUCUCACUGGAGGGUUCUUCACAUUUUCUCUCUGACAGCAAGAGGGGGGAGUGAAGUUAAAAAAUCCCCAGCAGGAUCAUCCUGCAGAUGCAGUGAAACCCCUGUGUGCCGAGCUCUGGAAUUUCAAGAAUCUGGUGUAGACACAGGAUUUGGAAGUUGCUCAGUUUCUUUUCUAUUUUGCUGUUUGCCUUUUCGCUUUGAGCCUGCACUAUGGUUGUACAGACUGCAGUCUCGCCUGCAAGGGCCAGGAGACCCUUGUUCAGAAUUCGAUACGGAACCCUGAAAAGGAGCAGCAAUGAGAAGAUGACAGAGGGGCGGCGAUGCCAAGUGCACCUCCUCGAUGACAGGAAGCUGGAACUUCUUGUUCAGCCUAAACUCUUGGCGAAGGAGCUGCUUGACCUGGUGGCAUCUCACUUCAACCUGAAGGAAAAGGAAUAUUUUGGAAUAGCAUUCACAGAUGAAACGGCUCACUUCAGCUGGCUGCAGUUGGAUCGCAGAGUAUUAGAGCACGACUUCCCGAAAAAGUCAGGACCGGUUGUGUUGUACUUCUGUGUGAAGUUCUACAUCGAAAGCAUCGCUUAUUUGAGGGACAAUGCCACCAUUGAGCUCUUCUUCCUAAAUGCAAAGUCUUGUAUUUACAAGGAACUGAUCGAAGUUGACACCGAGGCUAUUUUCGAAUUGGCUGCAUACAUACUGCAGGAAGCAAAAGGGGAUUACUCAAGCAAUGAAGUCACAAGGGCUGAACUAAAGAAGUUGCCAGUACUGCCAACACAAGCUUUGAAGGAUCACCCAUCCCUGGCUUAUUGUGAGGACAGAGUGAUCGAACAUCAUAAGAAGGUCAGCGGACAGACAAGAGGACAAGCUAUUGUGAAUUACAUGAGCAUUGCAGAAUCUCUUCCAACUUAUGGAGUGCACUAUUAUGCAGUAAAGACAGGAUCUCAGGAGUCAGACAGCUCUCAGUCUGCCAAAAAAGACAUGUUGGCUGCCCUGAAAUCACGUCAGGAUGCCCUGGAGGACACUCUCCGUGUUCGAUUGGAAGAACUGAAGAAGUUGUGUCUGAGAGAAGCGGAACUGACAGGAAAGUUGCCAAAAGAAUAUCCUUUGGACCCUGGAGAGGAGCCACCAACUGUUCGCCGGCGAAUUGGCACCUCCUUUAAACUGGAUGAGCAGAAGAUCAUGCCCAAGGGAGAGGAGGUAGAGUUGGAACGUCUCGAGAGAGAGUUUGCCAUUCAGUCGCAGAUCACUGAGGCAGCACGGCGGCUUGCCACUGACCCAAAUGUCAGCAAAAAGAUGAAGAAGCAAAGAAAAAUGUCCUACUUAAACGCACUUAAAAAACUGCAGGACAUUGAGAAUGCCAUCAAUGAAUACAGGGUCAGGUCUGGAAAGAAACCCACACAAAGGGCAUCUUUAAUCAUAGAAGAAGCAAACAUUGGUUCUGAAGACAGCUCGUUGUCAGAUGCCCUGGUUCUCGAGGACGAAGACUGUCAUGUUACGAGUGUUUCGUCCCCGGUGCAGUCACCACAUAAAGGCCUCCCUCCACGUCCACCGUCACAUCAGAGACCUCCUCCCCCCCAGUCUCUGGAUGGAUUGAGGCAGCUGCACUACCAUCGCAGCGACUACGACAAAUCGCCCAUCAAACCAAAAAUGUGGAAAGAGUCAUCUUUAGACGAACCCUACGAGAAGGUGAAGAAGCGCGGAUCUCACAGUCACUCCAGUGGACACACGCGGUUUCCCAGUGUAGGGAGCUGUGCAGAGGCAGGAGCUGGUGGAUCCCUGCAGAGCAGUCCUGUAAGAAGUGCUUCUCACUGGAACUCCUCCCAGUCCAGCAUGCCAUCCACACCAGAUCUCCAGAUACAAAGUCCCCCAUAUGUCCAUUCCACACGGUUGGUAGAUAUCAGCCCGACUCGUCUGCACAGUUUAGCACAGCACUUUAGACACAGGAGCGCCAGUCUGGAAUCCCAGGGCAAGCUGGUCGUGUCAGAGAACGAAACGGGGAGUCCGGAUUUCUAUACCCCAAGGACUCGUAGCAGUAAUGGCUCUGACCCUUUAGACGACUGCUCUUCGUGCACCAGCCACUCCAGCUCGGAACACUACUACCCAGCUCACAUGCAUGCCAACUACUCCACUCUGGCUGAGGACUCGCCCUCCAAGGCCAGAGAACGGCAGAGACACCGAUCUGCUGGGAAUCUCGGUUCCUCCAAUUCAGGGAGCAUGCCCAACCUGGCUGCUAAGAACGGCAGUGGAAACAGCAGCGGGUUUUACCUGCACAGCCAGAGCCAGCCUUCCUCGCAGUAUCGGAUUAAAGAGUACCCCCUGUAUAUUGAGGGCAGUCCGACACCAGUGGUGGUGCGCAGUUUGGAAAACGACCAAGAAGGACACUACAGUGUGAAAGCACAAUUUAAAACGUCAAACUCCUACACAGCGGGCGGGAUCUAUAAGGAUUCUUGGCAUGGCGAUGAUAUUGAUUCAGUAAAGCUGACGCCAUCACGCUCACAAGUUGUUAGGACUCCAUCGCUUGUUAAAGAUAACCCUGAGAGAAGCACAAACAGAACUGCGUUGUCUGAUGAACUACGCUCGUGGUAUGAAAGGUCUUCAGCCACAUUGAAGGAACACAACAGACUCUCUCAUACAAGCUCUGACUCAUCAGACAGGAGUUCGCCAUAUAGCACAAGCCAGAGCACCUUCAUGGCCCAUAGCAGGAUAACCCGAAUGCCUCAGCCGUCCAAAGCAACAUCAGCUGUUUCAGUGGCUUCCCCUCGCAGUCAGAGGAGCACAGCACAGUCUGCCGACUCAGUCGUUUCUUCUCCUUCCAGCAGUCCGCACCACAUUGUAUCCUGGCAGAGUGGACCCUACCAGGAUACUUGCUACAUGGACUCCCCACUCUAUUCAGAAUUGGCAGACAUUCAGUGGUAUGGGAGUGACAAUGCCAAGCCUGGAACUCUCGUCUGACAUCUGACCUCAAAUCAAAGUAGAAAACGUCAACACCCCUCAGUGAUCACUUCACUGCCCCUUGACACUGCCUUACUCUUGUACACAGUCAUUAACCAGCAACUGCAGCUCCAAGCUCACUCACAGAAGGAGUCAUGCAGCAAAGCCAAGACAAAGCUUAAUUAAAGUACCGCAGACUGUGCUGUCCCUCAGGUAACCACUGGCCAACAGCCGCAAGGUCUUUAUGAAUAAAACACGACACUGUUUUUUAAACUGUGAAUCAUAUGCACCAGACAUCCCGCUCUUAACGCCUGGUGCAUGAUUUUAUUUUAUUCCCUAAUGCAGACAGUGUAAUAAUAAAGUACUUCAGAAUUUAACCAAGUUUACUUGAAGAUUACCAAAGACCAAUGAAAAGCUAAAAGGAAAGAAUUCGAUGGACAUUGGCCACUGGUUACCUGACAAAUAAAAAGUUGUUAAUCUCUUGUUUCAUUAAUGGCUCUGGCAUAUAAUAUGUGAAAGAUAUUGAACAUGCAUUCCGCACAGUAAAACAUGCCAGAGUGCAGAAAAGCUUGUUUUCCUACAAUAAAGCAACAGAGUUUUGUAAUAUAUUUGUGGAUAGUAUAUAUGAAGGCUGGAUGAGCUGUUCCUGAUGCUCCGAAGCGUGGUCUAGUAGCUAAUACAUUAAUUAUAUCAGAACAAAAGCACAGAGUUAACAUAAUCUGCAUAUUUCUGGACUGAACAAAUAUUGCAUAAUGGUACAAUUCCAGUCCUAGUUUAAGCUUCAAAACAGCUCAUCGAUCGUGAAUGCUCUUCAAGGACUUCAGCUGAUUUAUUGGACAAGACCUUGGAGAGUUGUCAACCCUUAGAAGGCCUCACAAAUUUUUAAGAAGUAUUUUCCCAUGAAGUACUCAUCAGAAAUAAUUUAAUGGCUGGCACGGAAAGUUCACAAAGUCUGUGGAGCACAGACUUCACAGCAAGGUGACUGUUGCAACAGGACACUGAUCUGGCCAAAAAUAUAAAAGGGAGCUUUUUUUUUAAUUCUCUCCUUCUGAACAUUUGAUGGUUUCCUGUUCGACUGGACGAUGGUGGGGUUGG